UAUUAUACGAGACGUUUGCUCUGCCAUAUGGCGUAAAAUGAAGUCAAAAUGUUUUCGCGACCUCUCGAAAGAUCUAUGGCUUGCCUCAGCUGAACGAUUCCAUAAGAGGGCCAACUUUCCUCAUUGUGUGGGUGCAGUGAACGGGAAGCACAUCAGAAUUGUAAAACCCACUUCCAGUGGUUCACUCUACUAUAAUUAUAAGAACUAUUUUUCCAUUCUGUUGUUAGCUGUUUGUGAUUCGACAUACAAAUUCUUAUUUAUAGACGUUGGAGCAUAUGGAAAAUCGUCUGACUCAAUUGUGUUUCGUAAUACAGUGUUAAAUAAUAAACUACAAGAUGGUACGCUAGAUUUACCUGCACCAAAACAACUGUCAUUAUCGUUUGAAAGACCUACGCCAUUCAUGUUAGUAGGAGAUGAAGGUUUCGGAAUGUCAAAAUUCAUUUUGCGCCCUUAUGGUGGAAAGUAUUUAGACAUUAAAAAACGUGUGUUCAACUAUAGACUGUGCAGAGCUAGAAGGUACAUCGAGUGUACUUUUGGAAUUCUUGCAAACAAGUGGCGCAUUUUCUAUCGACCACUGGAUGUUAAAUUAGAUGUGGCAGAGUCUAUUGUGAAGACAUGUUGCCUCCUCCAUAACUUUGUGCGUGAUCGUGAUGGAAUACAGUUUGAGGAUACGGUAACUAUUCAGGGAUUGCAGGACAUGUCACCUUGCUUGGUCCGUGGAGGAAAUAUUGCGAACGGUAUCAGAGAAGAUUUCGCAUACUACUUCAUCAGCCCUGAAGGCGAAGUGCCAUGGCAGCUGCAAAAAAUUUGUGUGUACCUAAUUGAACAGAACCCAAGCACGAGCACUGUUCUCAUUCGGGUGUCAAAAACUUGUGGCCAGGCGCCUGAAACCCACUCCCAUAGCCACGUCACAAGUGGUCCCGGCUCGCCGCGCUUGCACUCAGUGCUGGUGCUGACUUCCUGGUGCCUGGCUGAAACACCACUCCACGACAGCCUCUCGCCGGUCUGA